AAGUCGGAAAUACUACAGCGCCGGGAGGACCUGAAGGCAGCACCACCCAUAAUCAGCGUGGUUGUUGCUCUUGAACGCACCUCGUAACAUUUUCUCCAACAACAGGAGACGGAGGGGAAGUGGACGCCAAGCGAAAGGAUGACGAGCUAUCAACUGAGCGCGAAGGAGGACAUGGUGGAGAAGUUUCUGGAUGCUGCAGCAAGAGGAGAUAUGUCCCAGGUGUCAAUAUUGCUGUCCCACGUGCCCUCGCUCAUCAACCAGACAGGAUACAGCGGCUGGACCGCGCUAAUGCUUGCAGCUCGCAAUGGACAUUCUCAUGUGGUGGAGAAGCUGCUGUCACAUGGCUGUGAUAAGUUCAUAGUAAACAGUUCAUCACAGACCGCCUAUGAUGUUGCCAAGUUCUGGGGUCACAAACACAUCGCUAACCUACUCUGCCAGACUGACGAUGGCUGCCGGCGAGUCCUGCAGGGCUCUGACAUCAGUCCACAGGAAAACUACUUCAGCAGGGAGACGCUGGACCGCCUGAGUGGGAAAAGGACUGACAAGGCCUGGUUGGAGGCCAAACAAAGAGAACCAGAUACUGUCUACCUCAUAUUCUCGAACCUCAGCCCCAUGGUCAGCACAUCCCAGGAAGACGACGGCGCAGCGGUUGAGAGCAAACUGUGUCGGUUCAGAUAUGAGGCAGUUAAGGAUCUCCUACAGAAACCUGCAACUGUGCUCAUUUUCCUCGGAGUGGAGAAGAGGAAAAAUCCCUCCCCUUCCUCUCCUGAGGAGGGUAUCCGGGAGGCCCCUGCUUGGUUUGCUUUCAGCACUGAUGAAGAUGCUGCUGACCUUGUUAAACGGUGCAGGGAGAAGAACUGCUCCUUUCCAAAGAUGCCAAACAGAGACCUGCUGAAACUAAAUGAGGAAGAGGCCGGGAUCGUGGCUCAGGCUCGAUCGGUGUUGGCCUGGCACGGUCGCUACAGCUUCUGUCCGACAUGUGGCAGCAGCACCAAACUGGAGGAUGGAGGACACAAGAGAAGCUGUCUGAACUCUGAGUGCAGGAGUCUAAAGGGGGUCCACAAUACCUGCUAUCCACGAGUUGACCCAGUGGUCAUCAUGCUGGUGAUCCACCCAGAUGGAAACCAAUGUUUACUGGGAAGGAAGAAGGUCUUCCCAGCUGGGAUGUUUUCCUGUUUAGCAGGAUUUGUAGAGCCUGGGGAAACGAUUGAGGAUGCAGUAAGGCGGGAGGUGGAGGAGGAGAGCGGCGUGAAGGUCGGACCGGUUCAGUAUGUCUCCUGCCAGCCCUGGCCAAUGCCAUCCAACCUCAUGUUUGGCUGCCUUGCUGUUGCCAUAUCAACCGACAUCAAAGUGGAUGAGAAUGAGAUAGAGGAAGCUCAGUGGUUCACACGGCAACAGGUGAUCGACUCCUUGUUCAGAGGAGCAUCUCCAGCUUUUAACAUCCCCCCAAGGCAGACCAUCGCCCACCAGCUGAUCAGACAUUGGAUCGGCAUAAACGCUAAUCUCUAACAGAACACCUUCAUCAUUCCACCUCCCGCCCAGCUGAGGAGGUUCGAUGGAUAGGAACGAAUUUGUCCCCAUUGAAUUGACUCACCACAUUCUUCAUUUGCCCGGGUGGACAAAUGAUAAUAAAAGUUUGAUUAUGUAAAGUAGAAUUCUCUUCAUUUGUUUUAUAAUAAAACACAUUCAACUUUCCUUUAAUUAAACAAAACAUUUUUUACAAGAAAUGUAAUCUCAAACAUCCAUACAUCCAUUUUCUGCUAAACCAUUCAGAGUCUUCGGGGUGGGGCCUUUUGUUUAUUUUUAAAUUUUUUCAUUUACGUUAAUAAGUUCAUUAAAUCUAAAUAUGUGAGUAAAAUUACAUAAUUGCUGGAUUAUUUCUAGGAGUCAAAAUAAACUUCAAGUAUUAAAUAAAUUGCUCAAAGUAAGCCAUUUUUGUUGUAUGGGGCCUUUUUUUCCCAAAUAUUCCAGCCUAUAUAUGGAAUUUUUAGAUGCCUUAUAAUGGUUACACCUGAACAUUGCAUAUCUGCAA